CUCCCCAACGAACCCCCCCGUCACCGCCACCCAUUUCCGGCUGGAAAUCCGGCAAAGCUUGGGGAUUCUCCCUAUUUUCUUGUUCUAGAACGCCUAUUAAACCCAGAAAAUCCCAGAUCUGUUCUGCGUCUCCCUCCCUCUGCUGUCCGUCGGCUUCAGCAUGUGGGUUUGAAUUUCUGGGCCUUUUUCGCCGUGAGUUCCCCUGCAGAAUUUCUUCUUCUCUGCCGCCGGCUUCUCCCCCCCUGCUAGGCUCGGUUUUGCUUGCUAAAUUCUGAUUCCUGAUCGUUCUGUCAGUUAGCAUUGAGAUUGAGUGCUCGGUUUUGUGCGAGUGAGGUAAGUAAAUUAUGGUAAAGCCCUUCGAUUUUAAAGCAUGUUUUCAAUUGUUUUUGAGAUGGUGGCAAGGUUUAAAGUGAUUUUAAAUUGAUUUUAUCAGCAUCUGAAUGUGGUUAAACUGAAAUGGAAAUUGUGAUGGUUUUUAUGAGAAUUUCACUGUUUUCUGGAAUUGAACAUGAUUGGUUUGAAAUGAAACUGUUUUCAUUGGUAUUGAGUACAGCAUGCGUAUUUGGAAUUGACUGAACUGUUUUGAUGAACUGAGAGUUUGCAAAUUCUGAGUUUUCUGAUAAAUCCAUGCCCACAUGGAAUUUUUCUGGUUAUUUCUGAAAUUGGGAUUGAUUGUGAAAUUCGGGUUUUCUGUAAAUCUUGCAUGGAUUUGUCUCGGAUAUAGUCAUGAUUACUGACGCCCGCUAGUGGGAGCUGUAAACGCUAGCACAUGUCAACAUGUAUUUCUGUGGAACCGGUUCACCCUGCCUAUGGGGUUAAACACUGGCACUAUUACUGACGCCUGCCAGUGGGAGUUGUAAACACUGGCACUAUUACUGACGCCUGCCAGUGGGAGUUGUAAACACUGGCACUAUUACUGACGCCUACCAGUGGGAGUUUGUAAACACUGGUACCAUUACUGACGCCUACCAGUGGGAGUUUGUAAACACUGGUACCAUUACUGACGCCUGCCAGUGGGAGUUUGUAAACACUGGCCAUGACUUAUAGAUGAGACUACUGAACUGAGUUUUCUUAUGCAUGUAACGGUUUGUCAUGAAACGUUUUGUUAUUGAACUGAAUCUGAUUUUGUCACUGAGCGUUUUGGUUAUAUUAAACUGUUUAUCUGGCAUGCUUAAAAGUUUUACCCAAGGGCUAUCCGUAUUUACUUACUGAGUUAUCUCAUAGUUUUCCUUGUCCACCAUUUCAGGAAGCGAAACUAAGGACGGGAAAACCAAGGGGAGUGACGAGUUAGAAGGCUAGUCACCUGGAAUUUGAUAUAGAUUUUAGAUACAGAUUAUGAUCCUGUAAGUUAAAGUGUAUUUGGAGAUUUUAUGAUAUCAGAGCAGAUUGUAAAAAUUUUAUCUUGAGAUUUGGUGGUAUCAGAUUAUGAAUUGGAUAAG